UCCAAUGGCCGCUCCAUCUCCCUCCCACACGGCCCGAAAAUUCCUCUGCUCUAAAUCCACCACUGCCUCUCCAGCAGCUCGCCGGAUCCUCCACAACCUCUGCACACUCACCUCCUCCUAUCCACUCCCUUACCUCCUCCUCGACAUCCUCCGCGAUGGUCUCCACUUCAACUCCGCCGUCUCCGCCGCCUUCAUCUCCAACUCAUUUUCCCUGCUUUCUCCCCGACCCGCCAUUCUUCUUUUCUCCCUUCUCCGCCGGCCUCCUCCCUUCGUCUGCAACACCCUCAUGCGCUCUCUUCUCCCAUUCCGCUCCUCUGCCCCACUCUUCAUAUUCCACCAAAUGCACCUCUCCUCCCUCACAUCCAAUCACCACACCUUCCCCCUCCUGCUCAAAUCCCUCUCCAUCCUCCGUUUCCUCCACUCCGGCCUCUCCCUCCAUUCCCACAUCCUCAAGCUCGGCUUCCUCUCAGACUCCUACAUCGCUUCCUCCCUUCUCCACUUUUACUCUCUAUGCUCCGCCUCCGAUUCUGCCCUCCACCUGUUCGACGAUUUGCCUCUAAAGGGGGUAGCUGCCUGGUCCACCCUCAUCGGCGCCCUCGCCCGGGCGGACCGCCCGGAAGAUGCUCUGGUUGUUUUUGAGCGCAUGAACUUCUCUGGAAUCACGCCGAACCGCGUCACCAUGGUUAGCGCACUGGCCGCCUGCGCCGCCCAUGGCGCCUCUCUCGAUUUCGGCGAAUGGAUUCACCGCCAAGCUACCAACGCUGGCUGGGAGCUUGACGUCGUUCUCGGUACAGCUCUCGUUGACAUGUAUUGCAAAUACGGCUGCGUCGAUGCCGGCUUCGAUGUGUUCUUGAGAAUGCCCCAACGAAGUUUGUUUACCUGGAAUUCACUGAUUCAAGGUUUCGCCUUUUCGAAAGGAGGGGCCAUGGCGCUGAAAUGGUUCUCGAAGAUGGAGGAGGAAGGUGUGAGCCCGGACGCUGUCACGCUUGUCGGAGUCCUCACAGCUUGUAGUCACUCGGGGUUGGUGGAGUCUGGGCGGAGGAUCUUCGACAUUUUGGUUCGAGGAAAGUUUGGGUUUAGAGCAGGGAUCAAACACUAUGGGUGCAUGGUGGAUCUAUAUGGAAGAGCAGGGUUGCUCGAUGCGGCUGUGGAAUGUAUUCGGAUUAUGCCGUUUGAGCCUAAUGUGGUCAUCUAUGGAUCCUUGUUGUCAGCUUCGAGGGCGAGAAAGGAGCUGGUUUUGAGCGAGUUUGUGGUGAGGAGGUUGGUGGAGUUGGAGCCGGAAAAAGCUGCACAUUAUGUCCUGUUAUCAAAUAUAUAUGUGGAGAUGGGGAGGUGGAAGGAGGUUGAGGAGGUGAGGAGGUUUAUGAGGAAGUUGGGUUUGAGGAAGGAGUCUGGUUGGGCUUUGAUGGAAUGGGAGGAUAUGGAGUAUGUGGAAGAGGCUAUUUAGCACCAUUUGAAGAAUGGAAUUUGCUAGUUUUUUAAGGCUGAGAACUGCAUUGUAUUUAAGUAAGGGAUGAAUACUCUAAUAAAGCUGAAGGAAGAAGAACUCAGAAUCGAUUACAUUUGCAAGAGGAAGAAGCUGAACACAGAGGAUUAAGGAAAAGGCAUAGUUGCAUUCUCCAAACAGCAAGUGGUUACAAGAUGUAUAUAUAGAGAAUGCGGAAAGCUUCUAGGGAUGCUUUAAUAGUCAGAAUACAAUAAUUCAGUUAUAUGGAGAAUCCCGGUAGUAGUGAGGCUAUGGAGACGUAAGCUUGGUGCGAAUUCAACAAUGGGACUUCAGAGCCAUAAGAUACUCAUUGUGGUUUUGGCAAGUGCUCGACAUUCGGCUUCCGUGGAAGUCUGAGCAACAGUGGACUGCUUUUUCACUUGCAAUGAUAUUAAUGUGUCUCCAAGAAAUGAGCAUACGCAAGUUGUUGAUUAUUAGUCUGUUUUGUUCCCAGUCCAAUCGGUGUCUGCAUAAGCAGUAAGUUGUAGAUUGUCAGGUAUCAUAUACAUACCAAAAUGACUGGACCCUUUUAGAUACCAAAGUAAAUAAGUGAGUUGGUUGUAGUCGGAGGUAGUGUGCACGUGCAUAUGUUGGCCUAGACGAUUAAAAACAUAAGCAAUAUCGGGUCUUGUCAUCCUAAGGUAUUGAAUUGCUUUGUUUAUUUAAUGGUAGAGAGUUGGAUUAUUAAAGGGAGAGCUUGUAGUAGGGUCAACCUGUAAUCCAGCCAAAGUAAGAAGAUGAAGCGCAAACCAUUGUUGGUUAAAGAAGUAUUGGUGAGUGUUGUUGAAAUUGAAUGCCCAAGAAGCAUCCUAUUGACCCAAGGUGUCGAAGUUGAAAACAGACCUCCAAAGUUGCAGUCGGCUGACAUAUCCUCUGUGAGUUGUUUCCUGUAAUAAGUAUAUCAUCUACAUAUAUGAGGACAAUUAUACGAACAUUGUCAUGAUUAUAUAGUAGCAAAGAUGGAUCCACUUUGCUGAUAUGGAAACCUCGUUUGUGAAAGAAUUUUGAAUUUUUGAAUCGUCGUUGAACUGCUUUGAUAAAAUUUAUGGUUUUGUUUAUUGUUUCAGGUUUUGCACAUAUAGGAAAUACCGAACAGAUUUUGGAAAAGUCAUCAAUAAAAGUAAUUUUGUAUUUAUAAUCUUGAUAAGAAGUAACUGGGGAAGGAUCCUAUACAUCACUAUGAUUAACCUCAAAUAGUUUGUAAUGUUGUCCUAUACUAGAUACAAAUAGGCUCUUUGUGAGUUGAAAUUUAUGGCAUGGAGUUGAAGUGGAUGGAGUGAUAAGAAGAUGACUAUUGGAGAUGGUUGCCAUAAUAUUUCAUUGUGGGUAUUCCAAGUGCUGAUGCCACAAAUCACCUUGUUGUAAUUUGGAAAUCGAUGUAGUAAAUGCAUGUGGUUGAUAGUCCAUUAGAGUUGAGGUCCUUGAGAAAAGUCUAUUGAGUCUGAGGAUCAGAAAUGACAAAGCCAUGAGAUCAAAUGUAUUUGAGAGAGUUUGAGCUUACGCUUUGGAGUAGGGAGGAUAUUGUCUCCUUUGGGUUGAAUUGGAACCGCUUGCCCAUUUCUUACCAUCACGUGUUGAUUUCGCUAGUAUGCGGUAGCUGGUUGGAGUUGGUUCAAAUCUAAUGUGAAGUGACUUGUUGCCCCCGAAUCAAGAAUCCACUCUCUAGAGGUAGCAUUGAGACCUUGAGAUGGAGGGGAGAAGGUUCAUUCGAUUCCGACUUAUCGAUGUCGAAUGACCUGCUUUAUUGCAUACUUGGCAUAUUACGUUGGAUCUAUUUGGUGUCCUUCCUCCUCUUGAAUGUUUGAAGUGUCCUCCUCGCUGAUUUGAUGAUUGAUUUCAGCCUUUUUCUUGAUUGUUGUUUGUAUUGUUUGCUGCAUGGGUCUUCAAUGCCAUAUGGUUUUCGGUGGAAGUUACAGGCCUUGAGUUUACAUUAUGAAUAUUGAUCUCCUUGCUACAUAGAAGAGAAUAAAAAUAAUCGAGAGCAAUGGAUUGAAGUGAUGUUCGAAUGGCUAUCUUGAAAGCAUUGUGAGUUGGAGGUUGGCCGUUGAGAGUAUAUCGAAUAACGUCUUCGUGAUCCAGUUUGGAGCCCGCAACAUUAAUUUGAUCAACUAUGAUUUGAAUGUUUAUUAAGUAUUGCCCCAACGUUUAAUCUCCCACAAAUAUAUGGUGUAAUUCGUUCUUUAGCUGAAUCACCCUUGAUCUUUUGGCGGGUUGUAGUCUGCGUUUACGUGUAGACUAGAUUUCAACGACAGUGUGAAGAUUGAUGAUAUGAUUUGAGGAGGGAUGUGAGAAAUUUAAGGGGAGGUGGUAUAUUGAGGGCUUGGGUCAGUGAAAUAAAGGGUUGGAUUCUGAUAUUGCAGAUUCUUUUAUAUGCAUAGCAGAGACCGGAUGAAGUGGAGAAUAAAGAGGGAGCUUACCGAUAGUCUAGCAGGCAAGCUUUGAUGCCAUGAGAAAAUAGAGAUCAAUGCAUACCGUAGACCAGCAGGGAUGAAUACUCUAAUAGAGCUCAAGGAGAAAGGCUUCAGAAGCAAUUAACCCUGCAAGAGGAAGAAACUAAACACAGAUGAUUAAUGAAAAGACAUAACUGCAUUCUUCAAAAUGUAAAUGGUUACAAAAUGUAUAUAUAGAGUAUGUGGGGAGCUUCCAGGGAUGCAAAAAUAGUCAAAAUAAAAUAAUUCAGCUAU